UGCUGCUGGGCGGCCAGAAGGCUGCAAGUACGCUUCAGAGAAAGAGAGAGAGAAACAGAGAGAGGGAAGGAGGGAGGGAGAGUUAUAUGUGGCACCUCUGUCUGGGAGAAGGGUGGCUUUGUCUGGAAACCUGCUGCCAGGGUGAGUUCUGGGGCCGUUGUUCAUUCUGCGCUUGAUUUGCCUCCUCCUGGGCCUGGAUGAGCCUCACGCAGCUUUAAACAAGAGAAGCAGAUGUUUCAGAGAACAGUCGCGGAGGAGAGCAGAAGUUCUGCGUGCCUCUUCAAAAUGUAGACUCUUCUUGUGCCAGGUUUUUUUCCCCCCCAGUUGCCAGUUGCAUGGAGGUUUUUGCAGGAGGCUUUUUUAAUCGGAUUAAGGAGGGAGUCUCUGCUGAGAAACAAACUUUGUUCCGGGCGGUGACUUGUUGAGAAGCAGUCUUUCUUGGAUUCCUUCCCCUCCUGGCGCGCAGUGAUUUGUGCGCCUCUCCGUAAAAUGCGCCCGCUCCAGGACCAGGGGAGACCUCACAGGAAGCCCGCUAUGACGCGCCUGCUUCUCCUCCUGCUGACGCUCGCCUCGUCCUGCCGCUGCUGUCCGGACAGAUGCCUGUGCUCCUCGGGAACGGUGAGGUGCCAAGACCUGGACCUGGACGCGGUUCCGCGCUCCCUGCCGGCCAACACCACGUCUCUGUUCGUCACGGGGAACCGCAUCUCCCACAUAGACGAGGCCUCGUUCCCGGCCCGCCUGGAUAAGCUGACGGAUCUUUACCUGAGCGGCAACGAGAUGGAGCGCGUGGAGGCAGGGACCUUUAGAAACUUGCCGAACCUGGCACGGCUGGACCUGAGUGACAACAGGAUCCUGGAUUUUAGUGACAGAGCUUUGCCCGACGACAGCAAACUGAAGCUCCUAAACCUGAGCGGCUCUCUUCAUAACCAUUCCCUCACAGACAAAGUCCUUCGUUUCUUUUUCCGGGAAAACCUCCUCCAGCUCACUACCCUGGAUCUGUCCCACAACGACCUGCUCAUUCUCCCCGACGGCGUCUUCACGGCCCUCUCCAGCCUGGCCACCCUGAACCUCGGUAACAGCUCCCUGAUCACCAUCCAGAACGGGACCUUGCCACCGCUGCGUGACCUCGACCUGAGGGACAACGACCUGAAGGACCUGCCCCACGCCACCAUCGCCGAGUUCAGCCUCAACCCCGGCCUCCGCGUCCAGCUGACGGGGAACCCCUGGCGCUGCAGCUGCUUCAUCGACGACCUGGUGAUGUGGCUGAAGAGCUCCGCCCAGGUGGUGGACUCGGACAACCUGACCUGCGCCGACCCCGAGGCCAUGAGGAACCGGCCCCUGCUGGAGGUGCCGCCGUCCCAGCUGAAGUGCUCGGACGACAUGGAGGGGGUGCUGGAGACGUCGUACGUGUUCCUGGGACUGGUGCUGGCCCUGAUCGGCGUCAUCUUCCUGCUGGUGCUCUACUUGAACAGGAAGGGCAUAAAGAAAUGGAUUUACAACAUCCGGGACGCCUGCAGGGACCACAUGGAGGGGUACCACUAUCGGUACGAGAUAAACUCCGACCCCCGUUUGGCCAACCUCAGCAUCAACUCAGACGUGUGAGGACAAAUAAGGGAGGGGGGGACGGGACUGCUACGGACUCCGCAAUGAUGCAUUAAAUGACUUUAUGCUGUUAAAGUUUGCAUGAAAGUCUUCCUUCUUUCGUCCCAGAGCCCCGA